AUGUCAAACUCAACCAUACAAUUGCUUGCUUUUGAUAAAUUUAAUGGAGAAGGAUAUUCAACCUGGAAAUCAAACAUCAAUACGAUAUUUGUUGUAAACGAUCUGAGUUUUGUGUUGACGGAGGAAUGUCCUCCAGUUCCUAGUUCAACAAUCACCCGAAAUGUUCGGGACGUCUAUAAUAGGUGGGUGAGGGAAAAUGAGAAAGCUCAGGCCUAUAUCUUAGCAAGUAUAUCUGAUGUACUCAACAAGAAGCAUAAGGUCAUGCCCACCGCCCGUGAGAUAAUGACAUCAUUACAGAAGAUGUUCGGGCAACCUUCAUCUUCUGUUACACAUGAAGCCAUUAAGUAUAUCUAUGUUACGUGCAUGAAACAUGGAACCAACGUAAGAGAACAUGUUCUCGAUGUCAUGGUUCAUUUUAAUGUUGCAGAGGCUCAUGGGGCGACAGAUGAGAUGAGUCAAAUCGAACCAUCAGAGACCCUAACAACGUUUUCGAAGAACGCCCACAACGAGGACCAACCACCGGAGAACACCCACGACGACAGAGAUCCAUGCAACGCUGGUGACGAAGACGAUCAGAACAACGUUGGUGAUUCGCACAUUCAAGGAGAAGAGAGGGUUUCGUAA